ACCGACAGGAACGAGUGUAUUUCCAGAGAGAACACAACACAACAUGUCGCUUCAGGUCGUCACGGCCAAGCUGGCCGAGGUGGAGCUGAAGGAGGCUGUGGUGGCCUCGGAUAAACCGAGCGCCGAGGGCAGCGGCGUCCAGACAAAAGACGGGGAGCCCACGGCAACGACCUCGGCGGAGCAAGUCAAGCAUCAUCACCUGCCGCCGCUGAGCACUGCGACCAAGGACUCCAAGUCGGCAAUGAAGCGGAUGGAGGCGGCGCAGAACGGGGACACGUUCAACGCGGACGGAACCGUCAUGGAAGCGCCGCGGACCGUGAAGAAGCAGAUCCAGUUUGCUGAUCAGAAGCAAGAAUUCAACAAACGUCCAACAAAAAUAGGUCGCCGUUCCCUUUCUCGAUCAAUCUCACAAUCCUCUACGGACAGCUACAGCUCAGAACUGAUGGGUAUGUCUAUGCAAAAUAAUGCGGCAUCUUAUACAGAUAGCUCAGAUGAUGAAACAUCUCCUCGUGAUAAGCAACAGAAAAAUUCGAAGGGCACUGGUGACUUCUGCAUCAAGAACAUCAAACAGGCAGACUUUGGGCGUAGGGAGAUUGAAAUUGCAGAACAAGAGAUGCCAGCACUUAUGGCACUACGGAAACGAGCACAGGGGGAAAAGCCAUUGGCUGGAGCAAAGAUAGUUGGCUGUACUCACAUUACAGCCCAGACUGCGGUGCUGAUGGAGACGCUUGCUGCUCUUGGAGCACAGUGCAGGUGGGCUGCCUGUAACAUUUAUUCUACCCAGAAUGAAGUGGCUGCUGCUCUGGCUGAGAAUGGUUAUCCAGUCUUUGCUUGGAAGGGAGAAUCAGAAGAUGAUUUUUGGUGGUGCAUUGAUCGCUGUGUGAAUGUGGAAGGAUGGCAGCCUAACAUGAUCCUGGAUGACGGUGGAGACCUCACUCACUGGAUUUAUAAGAAAUAUCCUAAUAUGUUCAAGAAAAUUAAGGGCAUUGUGGAAGAAAGUGUGACUGGUGUUCACAGGCUUUACCAGUUGUCUAAAGCUGGUAAGCUCUGUGUUCCUGCCAUGAAUGUAAAUGACUCUGUAACCAAGCAGAAGUUUGAUAAUCUCUAUUGCUGCAGAGAGUCCAUACUGGAUGGCCUCAAGAGGACAACAGAUGUGAUGUUUGGAGGCAAACAGGUCGUGGUCUGUGGAUAUGGGGAGGUUGGAAAGGGCUGUUGUGCUGCUUUAAAAGCAAUGGGGUCCAUAGUGUACGUUACAGAAAUUGAUCCAAUUUGUGCUCUCCAAGCCUGUAUGGAUGGAUUCAGACUUGUCAAACUGAAUGAAGUAAUUAGACAAGUGGACAUUGUUAUUACUUGCACAGGAAACAAAAAUGUAGUAACCAGGGAACACCUGGAUCGCAUGAAGAACGGUUGUAUCGUCUGCAACAUGGGACAUUCCAAUACUGAGAUAGAUGUGGCAAGCCUUCGGACCCCAGAACUCACGUGGGAGCGUGUUAGGUCACAAGUAGAUCAUGUCAUUUGGCCAGAUGGCAAAAGGAUUGUCUUACUAGCUGAGGGACGGCUGCUUAACCUGAGUUGUUCCACGGUUCCUACUUUUGUGCUUUCCAUCACUGCUACCACACAGGCACUGGCAAUGAUAGAACUGUAUAAUGCCCCAGAGGGACGAUAUAAACAAGAUGUGUACUUGCUGCCUAAGAAGAUGGAUGAGUAUGUAGCAAGUCUUCAUUUGCCCACUUUUGAUGCACAUCUCACAGAACUGACAGACGAGCAGGCAAAAUAUCUGGGUUUGAACAAGAAUGGACCUUUCAAGCCAAACUACUAUCGGUAUUAAAUGCAAAACUACAAGUCUAUCAAACAAGAGGGGAACCUUUUAUCACUAAUGUACACGAACAAAAUCUCUUCUUUAGAGCUGGCCUUGAUUAAACAGUUUUAAAUAUUUAGUCAUUUAUUUAUUUACAUAGAAUGUGUAUAAUCUCUGUAAACAAUUUUUUUACUGCACUAGAAGACAAAAAAUGUUUAAUGUGGUUUUUUUUCUUCUAUUGCUGCUGUGCUUUAAUAUAAUUAUAACAUCCUUGCUGUUAACCUCGGGAAAGAAACUAUGGAAGCAAAAUGUUAGCUGUUUUAAAAUUGUUAAGGUGCACAUAUUUCAGAUGUGUUUUUUUUAAUUUGUUGAGUAAAAGAGGUAAGGAAAUAGUUAGAUGCUUACGGUUUGCCAUUAUGGGAAUCCUUACAAGACUUUCUUCAAACAAAAUCUAGUUGUGAGAACCUGGAAAAUCAAAUAACAAGGUUCUCAAAAUAUAACGUGUUUUGUUUCUGAAACUUUUUAUUAAAAUCAGGUUUAGCGGAGUAGAUGGUGUGACUGGUGAGGUAGCUUAGUAUUAAGACUCCUUCUUUGUCGCACUGCUAUUGUUUCCUUAAGUCAUGGUACUAUUUCAACCUUGUCUCAAUUCCUAAGAAUGUGAGCUGCUUCCCCCAGCUGGGACAUUAGCUUCAUGUCUGUAGAGUGUAUAAAGUCUGGAAUGGGCUGCAGAAAUGAUGGGGUAACCAAAUGAACCACAGAUAAUCCAUAAAGCUUUCUAAAAUAAGUGAACUCAAUAUGGGUUUUUUCAUGACUUCAAUAUUUAAGUAGAAUAAAGCUCAGUUUUUUUCCCCCUGAAAGAUAGGAUAUGUGUUUGUAGGUGGGCUUGUAUUAUAGAAUGGUGGAAGAUGCUUUUGGUAUUUAAAUAUGUCUGAUUGAACCUGUUAUCCAACUCCAUUAUUCACUUCCCUCCAUCUGAAAAUUUUCAAAUGGUAGUAAUUGUUACAAACUGUUGCAUGUGCUUAAUGCUUCUGAUUGGCCUUCUGCUAACCCAUCUUCACUGAGAUAGGGACCGCCACAUAUCUUGUCACCUGCCAGGCAACAAAUUGAAAACCAUUGUCACCAAUUGGAAGCUUGGACUGGUACCAAAAUAGACCAUUCACCAAACUGCACCUGUGAAGCUGUCUGGCCAAGAGCUAUUUUAUGUUGUUUGUUUCUCUUGAAGGAAAAACGCCUUAUCAGUUGCUACAACAACACACACAAAAUGCUGGUAGAACACAGCAGGCUAGGCAGCAUCUAUAGGGAGAAGCGACGUCGACGUUUCGGGCCGAGACUAUCAGUUGCUAUCUGUCUUAAUUAUUUAUCAUAAUAUUGGAUGAUUUCUGUUUUAUUUGAAAUGUUUUACCACAUCUGUCUUAGGAUUCCCACAAAUAUAUUAACCCCAUGUACAUUUCUGCACAUUGCUAUGUUUUUCUCCCUCCCCAGCAAUGCCAAAAACUAGUAUUUUUAAAUAAAUCCCAGCCAUUUAGUGGCUGUUUUUUUUUAUUCUUGCUUUGAUUAAGGGGAAGAGGUUGGCAUGGAAUGUAAUAAUUGUUGUAUGUAAUAAAUAAAACUUUAAGCAAAAUGGACACCAGCAACCUGCUCUGGAGAGCAGAAGAAUCGACUCCAAAAGGAAAAGCAAAUCAUCUAUCUACACAACUGAGUUUUAACAUUGAGGUAACUAUUUUACGUACUGUAUUAUUGGUCAAGUAUUGUAGUAGAUGAGAAAUAAUGCAGCUGUAAUCAUAAUUCAAAUAAAGUUAAUAAAGUCAGUUUUUUCCCAAUAUUA